CCUAAACUCAACGAACUAAUUUAUAUUGAUCCAUCACCUGACUAUUGCGCUAAAAACAAGAAAUAUAGAAUCACUGGCGUUGCUGGUAGGCGAUGUCAUUUGUAUGCUAAAGCUGGUGAAAUUUCGUGUGAAGAAAUGUGCUGUGAUUAUGGUUAUCACAUUACCAAAUCCACGCAAAGCGUAAAAUGUAACUGCCAAUUUAAU